AAUAUGAAACCGCCUCCGAAACCCAAAAGGAAAACCUCCAAGAAGAAGAAAACGCUCAAUGUGGAGCGGGUGAUGAAAGUGUCGGCACUGAAUCCGAUAACAACUUCUCCGGUCAAUUCUCCUUUACCGAUAGUCUAACCGCCAUUAACAAAUUAAAAAACAUUGGGCAAAUGAUACCCCCCGGCAUGGAACAAGGCAUGUCCUCCAAUAAACCCUAUUGA